UCCGCCGCUGUGGUUGGAGGCAGCCGGCUGAGUGGAGGCGCAGUCGGAGGGAGAAGGACGACACGCCGGGACGCUGUGCGCGAGGAGGACGCCGCCGCUGCUUCGGUCACACACACACACACAAACUCAGACACACACCGCUCCGUGACUGACGGGAACCGGAGCGUGACGCCGCCGUGACGCGUGGAUGGACUCAACGCGCUCCUUAAGAGAAGAAGCUGCACGUGAGACUACCUGCGUCCAGGAAAAUCCGGCUCACGCGCAUUUGGCUUGAAUCAGACGUGUUGUGUUUUUGCUUGUUUUUUUUUUUUCACACAACGGAAGUUUCUGUGAUCGAUUUAUUUCCCGGUGGGAUUUAAAGGCUGCAGACAUGGACGAGGAAAACCAAGUUCCCGAGGACCUGUCUUUGGAGGAAAAAGAUGAGCUGUCGAACAUACGACGCAGGAAAAAAGAGCUGCUGGAUGAUAUUGAACGGCUGAAGUUUGAGAUCGCAGAGGUCAUGACUGAGAUUGAGCAGCUAACCUGUGUGGGGGAGAGCAAAACCACACAGAGAAACAAACAGAUCGCCAUGGGCAGGAAGAAGUUCAACAUGGACCCAAAAAAGGGAAUCCAGUUUCUUCUGGAGAAUGAUCUUCUGCAGCACACUCCGGAAGACAUUGCACAGUUCCUCUACAAAGGCGAGGGGCUCAACAAAACGGUCAUCGGGGACUACUUGGGGGAACGGGACGACUUCAACAUCAAGGUCCUCCAGGCAUUUGUGGAGCUUCAUGAGUUUGCGGACCUCAACCUCGUACAAGCCUUAAGGCAGUUUCUGUGGAGCUUCAGACUUCCUGGCGAAGCCCAGAAGAUUGAUCGCAUGAUGGAGGCAUUUGCUUCCAGGUACUGCCAAUGCAAUCCUGGAGUCUUCCAGUCCACAGACACCUGCUAUGUCCUAUCGUUUGCCAUCAUUAUGCUGAACACCAGCCUGCACAAUCCCAACGUCAGAGACAAGCCCCCUGUGGAGCGCUUCAUCUCCAUGAACAGAGGGAUCAAUGAGGGGGGGGACCUCCCAGAGGAUCUACUCAGGAAUCUAUACGACAGCAUCAAGAGUGAACCCUUUAAGAUCCCAGAGGAUGAUGGGAACGACCUGACGCACACGUUCUUCAACCCAGACAGAGAGGGCUGGCUGCUCAAAUUAGGGGGCCGAGUAAAAACCUGGAAGCGACGGUGGUUCAUUCUGACGGACAACUGCCUCUACUACUUUGAAUACACAACAGACAAGGAGCCUCGUGGGAUCAUCCCUCUGGAGAAUCUCAGCAUCAGGGAGGUGGAGGAGCCCAGGAAACCUAACUGUUUUGAGCUCUACAACCCCAAUCACAAGGGCCAGGUGAUCAAAGCCUGCAAGACUGAGGCAGAUGGCCGCGUUGUGGAGGGAAACCAUGUGGUGUACAGGAUAUCAGCACCCACGCCAGAGGAGAAGGAAGAGUGGAUUAAAUCCAUCAAGGCCAGCAUUAGCAGGGACCCCUUCUACGACAUGCUGGCCACCAGGAAGAGGCGCAUCGCUAACAAGAAGUGAGGAGGGACAAUCUUCACGACCCCCAAACGCCCAUCUUUCUCUCCCUCAGUUCGUGAACACAUGUAUCACACACUAUAAAGCUUGGUUCACCGCAGAAGUGACUGUCAACCUGAGAAAAACUCAGUUUUUCUUCUGGACUGUCCACAAGCCUGUGUUGAGGAGACAUCGCACACUACCGAGGGAACGGCAGAGCUCCAGGAAACUCAGAUGUGCAUGAGCAACCAACCAAUCAGUUUGUUCCUCCUCCAUCUCAUACACACUCCCCUACCUCCCUCUCAUGGUCAUGAUAUGUUUCUAGGUCUCCUCAAUGCACAACUGCCAGAUUUCAGGUGCACAUGCGCAUGCGUGUUAGUAUAGACCAGUGUGUGCAUUUGUGUGUGUAUGCGAGUGUGUCUGUGUACUUCUGCAGUGUGGGUGCAUAAGUGAUUCAAGUGUCCCCUCCAUUGUGCUUUAUGAAGAAGUUACUAAUUCAGGAUCAGUGCUCAGAUGUGAGGUCAGCUACUUGGGGCACGACUGUCAAAAUGAAAGGUUGAAUAUGUGGGGAAGGGAAAUAGACCGAGGGAGAGAAAGGAGAAGUGGCUGCGAGGUGACGGGUGAAGUUUAACCUCACUCGAAACCCUGUCCUCAUCUCACUCUGGUGCUGAGCUCUUCUCUCCGGGUGCCGUGGCCGAAGCUCAGAGUAACCUCAGAAAAACAGAGCUGGCUCACAUUAAGGUUCCUGAUCUAGCAUUACAGUCUGGAGUCAGCUGGGCUGAUUUCAUUUAUUUGAGUGGAGCAGAGAUUUUUGAAAUGUGCAUACUUUUUUAAUUAAGUUGAGUAGCAGUGGUGCUUUUGCCAAAGCCUGAGAUGAAAUUUACUUCUUGGACUUUGAAGUUGUAAUCUUUGAGAUUUCCCGUCCUGGUUGAUUUGGUUUCACCAGAGUAAAGCAACAAAUGAAACAAAACAGCGACGGAUUCAUGCUGCACAUGACUCAAGUUCGUUUCCAGACAAUAGCAGGAGUCACAGGAGUCACCUGCAGCUCUUCAUCUAAGGAUCACUUUGGCUGCUCCUUCUUGGUCCAUUAACGCCCUUGCACGAAUGCUGAAAAUUUCCAUUGUCUUGUUUCUAAUGUAUUUUAGGUAACUGAUCUUUGUCCUAAUCUCGUUAACAGUUACAACACAAUACAGUGUCCUUUCACUGAAUGACAAUAAGCAGUUUUUCCCUGUUAAACACUUGAUUGAAGCAGGAAGUGUUGGAUUUAUAUCAGCAGCAACUCAAUAGAACUGUGAGAUCAAUUAAAAACAGUUAAGGUGCAGCCACGUAGCAAUUGCUCUCAACCAAAUGUCUCGUAAAUAAAUUAGAGCCGUCACAAACUUUAAACGAUGUAUAACUGCAACAUCCCAGUCUGAUAGUGUAACUUCUCUAUUUCCAGUGUAGCACUGUUUGUAUUGGACCACUGAGCAGAUCCACAUGGGCAAACCUAAACAAAGAAAAUUCCUCUAUCUUAAUGGAUUACAAGGAUCUUUUGUUUCCUGUGAAUCCCUUGCACAUGUCGCGGCUCUUCAGAUCCGGUGGUGGUGUUGCAGACUGCACCACCGCCAAUUAAAGCUGAUAUUUAGAGAGGUAGCUACAGCAUUGCAUUGAAUUGCAAAUGAAAAGACGAGCACAGAUAGUAUCUGUUUUCUGAAAAUCAAAAGGAUAAUAACUUUAAGAGCACUUUCCUUUGGGAAGGUCCUGUCAGUCUAAAGAGUAAGUUUCAGUGAUGGCUGUGCGAUAGCUCUCUAUGGUACCAGUCCGAUUAAGCUUCUUUUUUUAUUUUCUAUCUUUUUCUUUUUGUUUUUCUUGUCUAUGUCCGGUGUCAGUGAAGGUCGAUGUGUUGUCGUGAUCCUGUUUGCAUUUGGUUUGUAAUCCUAAAUAUACUUGCUUGCUUUUGUGUUCUUUAAGAAGAGAAAAGUAGAAACUAUAGAUCUAUAAUAACCUCCUACUCUUUUGUAUUUAUUUUCAUUUGUGAAAUGGUUGCUACCUGUAAAUGUUCAAACAAUGUAUGCUUAAGUUAUAUAAUGUAUAGGUUUCUGGUCUCUCGCGCACACUCUGUGUAACAAAUUCGCAUCCGCUGAAGUUUGGGUUCUUCUUUACAAAAGCCUUAAACACAAUCAUAAGAAAAUGUAUAUUGAUGAUGAGAAUAUUGAUCAAUAACUGUGACAAUGUUAAAAAGCCAUGACCGAUGAGUAUGAGAGGAGAUAUUUAUGAUGAUGAUGAUGAUGAUGAUAGAGAUUACAGCGAAAAUGAUGUUUGAAUUUAAUGAUUGAUUAUUCUAGUGAAGUUAUAUCAGUGAUGAUUAUAAUAAUAAUAUCUUUGAUUAUGAUGUCUAUGAACACAGUAGUUUUCUAUGUGAUUGUAAAAUACAACGAAAGCCUCGAGGGCAGACAAUUAUCUUCUGCUGCUCUCUGUGGGCGUAUAGUUACAUUAACUUUUAUAUUCUCUGUAAAAGCUAUUGGUCACGUUGUACAAUAAAUGUAUCUACAUAAAGUAUACAUAAA